UCAAACCAGUGCACAACUAAGACAAAGUGGCUUCCUCUCACUAAUACCAACCUUCUUCCCAUCAGGCUGGAGUUCAUCAAGGAUCUAAGCCUGAAACUGGAGCCCACAAGCACACAGAGGAGGAAGAGCAACAAGGCUGGCUCCCAGCCCAUCCAAGGUAGAAGCGAACAACGUUAGAGAUGGUGACAGUGCAAGAUGAGAUGCGCAAGGGGCCAUGGACAGAGCAGGAAGACCUGCAACUGGUAUGCACUGUCCGCCUGUUCGGUGACCGCCGCUGGGAUUUCGUUGCCAAAGUCUCAGGCCUUAACAGGACAGGCAAAAGCUGCCGCCUCCGGUGGGUAAACUACCUCCACCCUGGCCUCAAGCAUGGGCGCAUGUCGCCACAAGAGGAACACCUUAUUAUUGAGCUCCAUGCUCGAUGGGGUAACAGGUGGUCUAGAAUAGCACGCAGACUGCCAGGGCGUACGGACAAUGAGAUCAAGAACUACUGGAGGACACACAUGAGGAAGAAAGCACAAGAGAGGAAGACAAACAUGUCACCUUCUUCCUCCUCCUCAUCAUUUACAUACCAAUCCUGCCUCCUUGAAACUGCACCAAUAAUCAGGAUGGAUGGAGGCAGCACUCAUAAUGGCACAACCUGCUUCUCAAGUGUACUUAAGAGCAACCAGAGUGUCAUGGAUGGAUAUUCUAUGGACCAGAUAUGGAAGGAGAUUGAGGCACCGGCCAUGCUGCCCAUUGAUAAAAAAGCAUGCAGCAAUCUCCCAUGUCCUGUGCUGCCAUCUCCUAUGGGAGAUCGCUACUGCCCUCCUGAGGUAGUCUGGAAGAUGGACAAUGGUGAUCUCAAGAUGUUAGCUCCACAAUUUGGUUAUGGUAAUGGAGAACGUUCCUGCUAUUGAAGGUUCAAGCUGUCAGGAUCGAGGUCAGGUUACUAAGAUACAUAUAUAUGCUUAACAGAUUUCCACUACCUAUGUAGCUAUGUCUGCAUAUACAUAUAUAUGCUUGCCAGAAUUGCCAGUAGCUACGUUUGCAUUAGUAUGGAGGGUGAUCUAAAUAUUUACAAAUCUACUGUAACAUUGUAGAUUGUCAGGUCUGCUUAUGAUGUGUGUGCCUAUGUAGUGUGUAAAAUAGCUUAUGUCUCUUGCCCUUCACAGAAUGGAAUACGAGAGCAAUUUAUAUGCA